AGACCGUAUACAAGAGAAUCCCAGUUUCUCAACUCUUGUCUACUCCUACAGGAGAUAAUCACGCUUACUAUUGAUAUUUCCCAGUCAUUCCAGUACCCGAAAUUUCACUCUAUCUUCAUAACUUUCGACCCAGGCUACACGCCGGAUGAGCAACUAACGACCAACUUCACUCCGCAUCCCGACGUCCGAUAAAAAAAAGAACAAGAACGCUCCCCCCCCUUUGCUCCCUCCCUUCUUGCGGUCUGGACUCAACUUCAGCCCCCCCUCGUUCGGGAAUGUCAUCUUCCCCUGCUUCGUUGUCGACAUCUCCGACGAGCGAAAUGGAUGCGCCCGAGUCUUCGCAGAAGAAGACCACGACGACCUCGAAGCGCGAUUAUAAGGGAUUUGUGGCGGGGGUCUUUUCCGGAAUUGCGAAGCUAAGUGUUGGGCACCCGUUUGAUACGGUCAAGGUCCGAUUACAAACGAGUCAAGAUGCCCAUUUCAAGGGACCGCUAGAUUGCCUGUUACAAACGGUACGCAACGAGGGGGUGAGUGGAUUAUACAAGGGCGCGACGCCACCGCUGGUAGGAUGGAUGGUCAUGGACUCUAUAAUGCUGGGCUCGUUAACCCUCUACCGUCGACUGCUGCUCGAGAACGUCUUUUCAACCCCUGGGAUUCGUGCUAUCACCCCUUUCGCUGCACGGCAACAGGACCCCCAUACUUUACCGAGUUUCGGCCAUGGAAUUGCAGGCAUCAUGGCUGGCACGACGGUCAGCUUCAUCGCUGCUCCUGUGGAGCACGUGAAGGCGCGUCUGCAGAUCCAAUACGCUGCGGAUAAGGCCAAGCGCUUAUAUAGUGGGCCGAUGGACUGCUCGCGCAAGAUUCUCCGCACGCACGGCAUCUCAGGUCUAUACCGCGGCCUCUUUGCAACGAUUCUCUUCCGCUCGUUUUUCUUCUUCUGGUGGGGUUCCUACGACGUGCUGAGUCGCAUGAUGAAAGAACGCACGACCCUGUCCGCACCGGCGAUCAACUUCUGGGCAGGCGGCAUCUCCGCCCAGAUCUUCUGGAUCACGUCGUAUCCAUCGGAUGUCGUGAAACAGCGCCUGAUGACGGACCCAAUGGGCGGAGCGCUCGGGGACGGACAGAGGAGGUUCCAGUGGUGGAAGGACGCGGCGGUGGCGGUCUAUCAGGAACGAGGGUGGAGAGGGUAUUGGAGGGGAUUUGUCCCGUGCUUUCUACGCGCAUUCCCAGCGAAUGCCAUGGCCUUGGUUGCAUUUGAGGGUGUGAUGAGAAUGGCCGUCGCACGCACCAUGCGACGUACAAGCCCAAUUACCCUCCUCCUCGCUGCCCUGUUAGCAUUCGGUUUCCUCUUCUUCUUGCUCUCUCCUUCGACCACGCCCUCAUCCUCCGCUGCUGCUGCUGCCGCCGCCGCCGCCGAUAUCUCGUCCAAGGAUUUCCGACUUGGGGACACCGCAGACCACCCUCUUUCUCCCCCGACAAAGCCCUUCAUUCCCCCAUCUAUCCGGGAUGAUGGCCAUCAACCCCCUCCCCCCGUUGUACACUACAAUCUGAACAGUCUCACUAGCUCCAGCGACGCCGCAAGCAGGGGCGAACGAGUUCUGGUCCUGACUCCCCUCACCCGCUUCUACCAAGGAUACUGGGAUAACCUCGUGCGCUUCAACUACCCACACGAGCUGAUCUCCCUAGGCUUUAUCAUCCCCCACACAAAAGAGGGCGAUGCCGCGACCGCUGCCCUCGAAGCGGCGAUCAGUAAAACCCAAUCCGGUCCGAUCCCCAACCGCUUUGCCAGCAUCAGCAUCCUCCGCCAGGAUUUCGAACCGCCCCUACAGUCGCAAAGUGAAAAAGAGCGCCACAAAAUGGCCAACCAGAAGAAACGCCGCGAAUCCAUGAGUCGCGCCCGCAACAGCCUCCUCUUUACGACCCUAGGCCCUGCAACCUCCUGGGUCCUCUGGCUUGACUCCGACAUUGUCGAAACCCCAAAUACCCUCAUCCAAGAUCUCACGAGCCACAAUCGGCCCGUCAUCGUCCCCAACUGCUACCAGCGCUACUACAACACCGACGACAAGAAAAUGGACGUCCGCCCGUACGACUACAACUCCUGGAUCGAUAGUCCCAUCGCCCAAAGCCUCGCCGCGAAAAUGGAGCCCGAUGAAAUCCUCCUCGAGGGCUACGCCGAGAUGCCUACCUACCGCACCCUCAUGGCUUAUCUUGCCGACACCGCGAAUCCCAACCCGCGCCGCGUCAUCAAUCUCGACGGCGUAGGCGGCACAGCGCUCAUGGUUAAAGCCGAUGUCCACCGCGAUGGCGCCAUGUUCCCGGCUUUCUCCUUUUUCCACCUGGUGGAAACAGAGGGGUUCGCGAAAAUGGCCAAACGCUUGGGCUAUACAGUGCAUGGGUUGCCGGAUUAUUUUGUAUACCAUUAUAACGAGUGAUGCUGUACUCAUUUUAUUUUGUCUUUUUUUUUUUUUUCCAUUUGUUUUUAUUUUGUCCCCCGCCUUUCCUUGUUUCGAAGAGAAAGGGUACUGAAAUGAUGUUUUACUAUUAGAUGGUUGUUACAUGGGUUAUGUUCUCUUCAAUUUUCAUCUUCGUUUGAAUGUGAUUCAUCUUGUUUGGAUUGGAUUGGAUUGGAUUCAUGUCGGGAUUGUAUCGCUACUUUACGUAUACAUUUAUCCAUCCAUUCCUUUCCGCGUCUCAGUGUUAGCGUGCGAUGGAUUGAUUUCCUUGUCCUUUAGUUGCCUAGCUACGUGCUUGGUAGGCGUUGUUGGUAUCCGGUAGUUUUGUAAGUACUUAGUAGUAACUAGUAGAAGUCAGGAAAGAAGGAAGAAUUUAGUCUCGUUCAGUGUAAUCAAUCG